AGGCGAUUUCAGAUGCCCCCAGCCCCGCCUCUUCCCCUACAUGCCGGCUUCCUCUCUAGAGAACACUUUCACUUCCUGCUGCUCAGGCUCCCCUCGGAACAGAGGCCAGAGCAUGGCUCACUGGUGUCUGGCAGCAUGAGGAUUGCCCAGCCAGAGGACAUGGUGUCUGCAAGCCCUACUGAGGGGCACAGGCUGGCUUGGCCACUACCAGAUGGACCUGGCAAGAGCCCACUAGGGGUCCUCAGUACCCCAGAGCCACUUCUUCGACUGCAGAGGACACAAAGGGUGUGGCAGGUCCCAGAGUUGGAUGCUCAGCAUGCCAAGGCUUUUCUGGAGUCGUGGCCACUGGGGAGUUUCCUGGUCAUAGGACAUGAUCCUAGGCAGGUCCUGAUGCUGAAGACAGGGCCUUCAUCAGGAGACAUCAACACCUAUCAAAUUCACAAGCUGUCUGGAGGUGUGUCCCUGGAAUCCUCCAACCUCUGCAUGCCAGACUGUCCCCAUCUCUUGGCCUUCCUGUCAGCCAGCAGGGAUGUUUUGCCAAGGACACUGCUCUUGCCCACUCCAGCUGUAGGGCCUGGGGACAAGGACUCAGAUCCUCUGCGACUUGGCUGCAUUCAGGUCAGCACCUCGGGGAGGGUGCUGUCUGUAGUGAACCAGCUUUACCUGGAGACGCAUGGAAGCUGGGGCGCCCAGCAGACUCGACAGCAGACAGAGCCAGAGACUGACCAGAAAUACAGUCUAGCCCCUAGGAAGCCCACCCCACAUCGCGUCUCCUGGGUGGAAGAGCCACUGAAACCGGAAGUGCAUCAUCCUGGACCAGAAGUUCAUCACCUGGAACCCGAAGUGUCCCUUCCUGGAGCAGAUGUACACUCGCCUAGGCCUGCUCUAGACAGUGUGGUGGAAGAGAAGGAGGAAGUGAACUGUAAAGAUGAAGAGGAAGGUCGAGAGGACCUGCUCACUGCCCACAUCCGCGCUCUGGCCAGGGCCCGGAGCAGCUAUGUAGCCAAGCAGUAUCGAUACCUUCGGGCACGCCUCACAUCAAAUUCUGGAAAUCCUUACAGGCCUGGGGAUCCGGCCACGGAGCUGCUUCAGGAUGUGCGCCAGCUCCUCACUGAUCUCCAGAAUUACCUGGCAAAGGACCCCGACGUCAGAGCCGUCUUUGGGAACAGGGAACCUAGGGUCCCUGGGGACGAGGAUCUUGGCCCCGCUGUGGAAGUAGCCCUGUGUCGGGCGGUUCUGGAGCCCCUGAAGCCGGCCCUGUGGACCAAACUCCGAACUCUCAGAGCCCAGGAACUGCGGCUACUGCGCCGGCGCCAAACAGCCUUGAGGGCGGGGGCGGGGCCCGAGGGACAGAGCCCUGUCCCAGCCUUGCGGAGCCAGAUCCACGCACGCCUCGCGCAUCUGCACGCCGCAUGCGCCCCGCGCCGCAAGGUGGCACUGCUGCUGGCGGUGUGCAGCGAUGUCUACGCAGGCCUGGCCGGUGGCGAGAAUCAAGAGCCCCUAGGGGCCGACGCCUUUUUGCCAGCCCUGACCGAGGAGCUGAUCUGGAGUCCACACAUAGGGGAGACGCAGCUGGAUGUGGAGUUUCUUAUGGAGCUCUUGGAUCCAGAGGAACUGCGGGGAGAAGCUGGAUAUUAUCUUACUACGUGGUUUGGGGCUCUCUAUCACAUUGCUCACUACCAGCCCGACGCUGGUCGUGCACCCCAGGAUCUCAGCUCCGAGGCCCGAGCCUCCCUGCGUCAGUGGCACCGGAGGCGGACACUGCACCAGCAAGCCCAGCCCACAGCCCAGGUGACCGACCACCUGUGUGGGAUCCAGGUCAAAGGGAGGGUGGGAUCUGUAGCCCCUCUGACACAGCAUCCCAUCUCUCCCACAGGCUGGCCUGCCCUUUGAGGAGUCAUGGGCAAUAGGGGACCAAUGAUGGUUGGUGUCCUCCAACCCCAGUCAGCUCUGGGCCUUUUGUCCCACUCCCCUGCUAAGAGAGAUGCUGGAGGCAUCUGGGGCAGCGUGGAGGAUGGGGCAGGAAAAAGGAUGUGCCUUUUGCACUGGCUGUUCCCACUUAAUUUCAGCCCUUCCCUAAAAUCUACAGCACUCCUCCCUCCCCUCCUGGUCUGCCCCGAUGUUACCUCAGUGAGGCUCUCCCCAGCAAAUACAAACCCCCAAACAGUACUAAAACUACAACCCUUUGCCUGACCCUCUUUGGGGCAGGCAGAAUAAAGGCACAGUCUCCCAAAGAUA